GGAAGUCUAAAUAAACAAUUCGGAAAAAUAUUCGGAGAAACGAGCCGAUAAGUUCUGUGCAGCUGAUUCAAUCCGAAGUGGCGACUCUUCGGAAAUUGCCAACUGACCAGAACAGCUGAAUCAAUUGCUUGGUUGCGAUUAGAGGGUCUGGAAGUGCGAAGCCUUCAAACCGUUUUCAUUUGCUCAUCGAUCGCUGAAUAAUGCAGAACAGACGGAGGCUCCUGCGGGAGUACAGAUCCUACGAUGAUCUCAGCGAGCACUUCCGCAUGUUCGGAUCGCAGUCCCUGGACUCUCUGCAGGAUCGCGUGGACAUGAAUCCCAGUGGCAGCGAUGGACUGUCCACUGACGGACUCGACUACUACUCCAGCUGCUCGCAAUCACAUUCCGGGCUGCUCAGGGAGCACAACUUUAAGGUUAAGUCCUACUACUACAACGUGGGUAACUGCGUGCAUUGCAGGAAGAGGAUCCGGUUCGCCACGGCCAGCCUGCGGUGUCGGGCGUGUCCCCUGCGCUGCCACAUCGGAUGCUCUCGCCAGCUGACGGUGAACUGCAUCCCCCAGCCCCAAAUGACGGCGAAGCGCGGCAAUCUCAGCGAUUACGCGCCCCGGGUGGCGCCCAUGGUGCCGGCCUUGAUUGUCCAUUGUGUGACGGAGAUCGAGGCGCGGGGCCUGCAGCAGGAGGGGCUCUACCGGGUGUCCUCGACCCGCGAGAAGUGCAAGCGGCUGCGGCGGAAGCUCCUGCGUGGCAAGUCCACUCCUCACUUGGGCAACAAGGACACCCACACACUCUGCUGCUGCGUGAAGGAGUUCCUGCGGGAGUUGAUCCACCCACUGAUUCCCAUUUACCUUCGGAGGGACUUCGAGGAGGCCACGCGACUGGAGGAUCCCUUGGCAGCCGAAAUGGCGGUGUACCUUGCCGUAUUGGAGCUUCAGCAGCCUCACAGGGACACACUCGCAUACCUGAUGCUCCACUGGCAGAGAGUGGCCGAAAGUCCUGCCGUCCGCAUGACAAUUAACAACCUGGCCGUGAUCUUUGCCCCAACGCUCUUCGGGGAUCUGGACUUGACCCUCGCGAACGUGGUUAUCUGGCAGCAGGUGCUGAAGGUUUUGCUCCUGAUGCCCCCUGGAUUUUGGGGUCAGUUUCUGGAAGUUCACCCCGUUCCCACUCCGUUGGGCAGCACUGAUGAUAUUGAUGAGCGGUACAAUCAUCGGCACUGGGAAAACUCAUCGAAUCUGGGCUGGUCUUCCGUUAAAACCUAUUUUAGAUCUAUGAUAAACCUCAGCAGUACCAAUCUAUAGAGUGAAACAGAUGACUGAUUGUUGAAUUAAGUAAGAGCGUUUAUUUUGUUCAGAGGGAGGGGACACUUGGUGGUGCCCUACUUAAGGAGUGACUCACAGCCCUUUUUAUUUUUUAAACCUUUGUAUUGAUAAGUUUUAAAAAAUUAAUAAAAAAAAAUCUCUGAA